CAUCGAAAAAAAAUUAUACUAUUUAAAAGUCACUAAUCCUAUGUGUCGCAUAAUUACUUAUAUCUGUCAAUUCAUCAUCAGACAAAGAGAAAAACUAUACUAUUUGAAAAUGUUAUACAAUAACAAGUGGAUCACUAAAUCUUUGAUGCCAAUCUAAAUUAGAUAAUAGUGGUGACGAACAGCUCUCCACGUGCUGAGUGAAUCAGAGGGUGAAGAAGGGAUUUUCCAAGCAGUGUGUUUGCCUCUGAGCAGAAUCUCUUUGCAACAGGCAAGAUGAGCCAACAACAACAAAAUGAAGGAUAAUAGACAACAAGUUAGAGUUCUCUGAGCCAUUAUAAGUUCAGUUGUGUAUGAGACAAACAGAAAAAAGAUGAGACUGGUGUGGUUUUAUUUGGACUCUGCUGUGAAUAAAUGAUUGGGUAUGUAUACAUAGAAGAAGAAACUAGCCUUUAGAAGUAAAUGGUGGUUGCUGUUACCCCAACAGUUAUUUAAAAAUGAUCUUUCUAUUGGAAUCAGAAAAAAUAAAAGUCUAUAGCAAAAGAGAGUAUAAAUUAAAUGUAUUCAAUUAUAAAGUAUCUGAGAAUCAUUUAAUCAAGCAAUUGGAUAAGAGGGUAUUCCUUUUUUUGAAAAGAUUCACUAAUUAGGAAAAGGCUUUUAAGGGCCCAAUUCAAAAAGGUUCAUACAAAGGCUGGUUUUAGCCAGAAAGUCCGCCGGUCCAUUAAGAUUACAUGAAACAAAGGAGAAUGAAACAAAAAGGAAAGCAGAAGAGAUAAUCAAAUCGACAUCCGACAAAAAACCGUAUAGCUCUAUCGAUCGGAGAUUCGAGUUGAUGGCUGUGAUUAGCCCUUCAGAAUCUGAACGGAGCCAGAUACGUUUGUAAUGGAGCGUGGAAGCAUGCAAGAGAGCUUCUCUAAUCGCCAAAGCCUCUGCCAUCAGAGGAGACGAUACACCAGUUUGAGUAAAAGAUCCUCUGGAGAUUUCUGUCAUCAGGAAGGAAGCAAGAUGAUUAUGUGGUAUAUCAUUGUUGCUGUCGUCAUCUUAGCAUCGUUACUCGUUGCAAGGAACAUGAGAAAGACAAAGAAGAAUCUACCUCCUGGACCACCAAGACUUCCCAUAAUUGGAAACUUGCAUCAACUAGGAUCCAAACCCCAACGUUCCAUGCUCGAACUAUCUGAAAAGUAUGGACCUCUCAUGUCUCUCAAGUUCGGAAACGUGCCUACCGUUGUGGCGUCAUCUCCAGAGACAGUGAAGGAUGUCUUAAAAACGUUCGACGCAGAUUGUUGUUCGCGACCGUACUUGACGUAUGCUGCAAGAAUCUCGUACAACUUGAACGACCUAGCCUUCUCUCCUUAUAGCAAGUACUGGAGGGAAGUACGAAAGAUGACGGUUCUUGAGCUCUACACGGCGAAAAGGGUGCAAUCGUUUCGACAUGUAAGAGAAGAAGAAGUUGCUUCCUUGGUCGAGUUCGUAAAGGAGUCUGCUUCAUUGGGGAACGCGGUUAACUUGAGCAACACGUUAAUGAAACUGUCUGGAAGUGUGAUAUGCAGAGUAGGGUUUGGGAUAAAUCUCAAAGGGAGCAAACUCGAGGAUACGUAUGAGGAAGUCAUUCGAGAAACCAUGGAGGUGUUGGGGAGCUUCGCAGCAGCUGAUUACCUUCCUAUCAUUGGUCGAAUCAUCGAUAGGGUCACGGGGUUACAUAGCAAAUGUGAGAAGGUUUACAAGGCAAUGGAUGCAUUUUUCGAACAUUCUAUAAAGCAACAUAUGGAAGAUGAGAGUCUUAAAGAUGAUAUCAUUGCCUUGCUUCUCAAAAUGGAAAGGGGAGAGGCUGGACUUGGAGAGUAUCAACUUACUAGAAACCACACCAAAGGGAUUCUUCUAAAUGUUCUUAUCGCUGGAAUAGACACUUCUGGCCACACAAUAACAUGGGCGAUGACACACAUGAUCAAAAACCCAAGAAUUUUAAAGAAAGCACAAGCCGAGGUAAGAGAAGUGAUCAAAAACAAAGACACCAUCACAGAAGAAGAUAUAGAACAACUCGAGUAUCUCAAAAUGGUGAUGAAAGAGACGGUAAGGAUCAACCCACUUGUCCCACUUCUAAUCCCAAGAGAGGCUUCAAAGGAUAUAAAGAUCGCGGGUUACGACGUUCCUAAGAAAACAUGGAUCCAUGUCAACAUUUGGGGUGUUCACAGGAAUCCAAACGUUUGGAAUGAGCCAGAAGCAUUCAUACCCGAGAGGUUCAUGGACAAUGAGAUUGACUAUAAGGGCUUGAACUUUGAGUUGUUGCCGUUUGGUAGCGGGAGGAGGAUGUGUCCUGGUAUGGGGAUGGGUAUGGCUUUGGCACACUUGACUCUUAUCAACCUUCUUUAUCGAUUUGAUUGGAAGCUUCCAGAAGGGAUGGAGAUAGAAGAUGUUGAUCUUGAAGAAUCGUAUGGGCUUGUGUCUCCUAAGAAAGUUCCACUUCAGCUUGUCCCGGUCCUUACUCAGUGGAGUUAAUGUUAUCCUUGGUUUUAUAUAGCUCAAGAUAUGUAACCUUAAUAAAACUAUAUAUCAUUUGUAAAAUCCAUCGUUUAGCACUUGUUUUUA